AUGGAAUCAAGAAAGCUUUUGCCAUUCACUCCACACCCUGUCAUCUUCAAUCUCUGCCUCCUUCUUCCUUGCACUUACUUCACUCUCUCUCACUCUGCUAAACUUGGGAAUGACACAGAUAAACUGGCCUUAUUGGCCUUCAAGGACCAGAUAACCCAUGACCCUUUUGCCACGCUGAGCAAUUGGAACAAUUCGGUCCACUUUUGCCGAUGGAACGGAGUUAUUUGUGGUGGUCGACACGAGAGAGUUGUGGUGCUAGACCUCCAGUCCAGGAACUUGACAGGUACUAUCUCACCGCAUAUAGGAAACUUGACAUUCGUGAGGAAUGUCAAUCUGCGGAACAAUUACUUCCAUGGCAAGAUUCCGAAAGAAAUGGGAUGUCUUUAUUGGCUUCAAGUAAUUGGACUCACACUGAAUCUUUUGCAAGGUGAGAUUCCUAUAAAUCUCACUCAGUGCUCGGAGGUGAGGAUUCUCAAUUUAGUCGCAAACAGCCUUGAAGGAAGAAUUCCACUAGAGCUGGGCAAGCUCGAAAAGCUUAUGGGAUUAGGACUUGCUAUCAACAAAUUGACAGGUCCAAUCCCGAAAUCACUAGCGAAUCUCACAUUUCUCAGGGACUUUUCUCUAUCUGAAAACCGACUCCGUGGCGACAUUCCUAAAGAGCUUGGCCAGAUGAGGCAGCUCCACAUGUUCCAAAUCUCAUCAAACGGACUCUUGACAGGUUUGAUUCCUGCUCAAAUCUUCAACCUCUCUCUUGUGGAGUACUCUUUGGUUUCUGAGAACCAACUUGUUGGAGAAAUUCCACCCGAUAUAGGAUUUACUCUUCCGAAUGUUCGGAUGCUUCUCUUGGGAAAAAACCAAUUUUACGGUUCAAUUCCAAGCUCCAUAUCUAAUGCAAGUAAGCUCGAGAGGCUUUCUAUUCCAUUUGGCCAGUUGACCGAUUCAAUACCUCAAGAUUUGGGGAAGUUGAAAAACCUCGUGGAGUUGAAUCUCAGGAGGAACAAGCUUGGAUUUGGGGAAGGGAAUGACCUUGGAUUUCUUUCCCCAUUAGUGAACUGCACGAAACUUGAGGUCCUUGCCUUCUUCAACAACAUUCUCAGUGGGGUUUUGCCAAAUCACAUAACUGAUUUCUCUUCAAACCUCAUUUACCUUCUGAUGGAAGCAAAUAGAAUUUCUGGUAGCAUCCCGAAUGACAUUCAAAAGCUCGAAAACCUGAUCUCGAUUGGCAUGUAG